AUGUCCGUUAGCCGGCGACUGUUUACGUUCGGAGCUGGAUCGGCGCUCGGCGCUCGACGGGCGGCGUCCCUUUGUGACCGGCGCGCGAGCAAAGCUUUGUCCGAAGUUUUAAUUGUGGCAGCAGACAGUAGCGGCGCGCUGAGACGCCGGCAACAACGGUCCAAUCUACAAAUAAAAUGUUUUAUUAAGUUGGGCGCGCGACGCCGGGCGCCGCCGCUAAACAUGUUUACCAUCCGCGCACGUGCACUAAAGUUCCACGGUCAUACUCUGAAGUUGAAAGCACCCACCUGGAGCCAGAGUCAGCUGCAGGAAGCGAUACAAGCGGUCGUCACCCAGAGAAUGCGGUUCACGCAAGCGGCCACCUAUUACGGGAUACCUAAGGGGACUCUGUACGAUAACAUCCUGGGGAAAUCCAAGCGUAUGGCCGUGCUGGACGAGGUCGGCCUGUUAACCGCCGAGGAGAGAGCGGUGCUGGACUACUGCUGUGAAACCAGCGUUUCCCCUUACAAUAGGCGGACUAAAAAGUCGCUCGCGGCCGUGUUGGCCUUUGUCGAGAAGUUGAGGCGGGGCAGGGAUGCUAGCUUCACUUUCACUGGGCUCACCGGCUAUCGUUGGUGGUGGGCUUUUUGUAAGAAGCAUUCCAUAGUGUCGCUCUAUUACGAAGGCUCCGCUAAGUUGAAACUAUCCAAGAUCAAAGCGGAGCGUAGGGAUGUAAGCGAGGAGUCU